AUGCCAUGUACAUACCUUCCUCCUCUUCUUCUCCUCCUCCUCCUCUUCCUUCUUUUCCCCUCUGAAACCAAGGGAAUCAAACUCAUCAUCAAAGGAAACCAGACGAUCCUGAGUCUCAAAGGUAUUUUCCAGCUUGGUUUCUUCAGCCCCACCAAUGGCGAAUCGUUUACUUCCUCUUCUUCCUCCGAUUGGUUCUUGGGAAUCUGGUACGCUUCUAUGCCCUCCCCUACUUACGUCUGGGUCGCGAAUCGAAACCGACCCGUUUCCGAUUCAGACUCCUCCACACUCGAGCUCACCUCCACCGGAAACCUAGUCGUCAGGAACUCCCACGACGGCGUCGUUUGGCAGACGGAGAACAAAGUCCCGGGAACCGAUUUCCGGUUGUCGGAUUCCGGGAAUCUGAUUGUGAUCGGCGUCGACGGUUCUCCGGUUUGGCAGAGCUUUGACCAUCCGACUGACACGUGGCUCCCGGGGAUGAAUGUCACCGGUCAAACGGUUAUGACCUCGUGGCGGACGCUAUUCGACCCGUCGCCGGGGUUUUACUCCCUGACCCUGAGCCCAAGCUUCAACGAGUUCCAGCUUGUUUACAACGGAACGACACCGUACUGGUCCACCGGAAACUGGACCGGAGCAGCCUUCGUCGGCGUUCCGGAGAUGACGGUUCCGUACAUCUACAAUUUCCACUUCCUUAACCCGUAUACUCCCACGGCGUCGUUUUGGUACAUCGUCGUACCGUCGAACGCGGUGCGCGAGCCGCGCCUGACGCGGUUCGUGAUUGACUACGACGGCCAGCUGAAGCAGUACACGUGGGACCCGCAGUCGCAGCACUGGAACAAUUUCUGGUUUCAGCCGGAUGAUCCGUGCCGCGUUCAAAGUCUCUGCGGCCAAUUAGGGUUUUGCAGCAGCGAGCCAAAGCUACUGAAGCGGUGUGCCUGUAUCCGCGGUUUCCGACCUGCGAACGCCGGCGCGUGGAGAUCUGAGGAUUACACCGACGGAUGCCACCGUGAAUCUGGCGACUCCUGCGACAGGAGAGAUACGUUUGAGGCGGUGGGAGAUCUGCGGUACGACGGCGAUGUGGAGAUGUCGAGGCUCCAGGUAAGCAAGAGGUCCUGCGUGAAAAUCUGCUUGGGAAACUGUUCUUGUGUGGGGUUUUAUCACAACGAGAAGUCGAAUCUCUGCAAGAUUUUACUCGAAUCGCCGAUAAAUUUGAAGAACUCGAGCUCCUGGACCGGAACCACAAACGAUAUUCUGUUCAUCAGAGGUCCGAGAAACAGGAACUCAAAGGGAAACAUUUCCAAGUCCAUAAUUAUAUUGUGCAGCGUUGUUGGGUCAAUCUCAGUUCUAGGCUUUGCCGUGUUUGUGCCAUUGGUUCUGUUCUUUCCGCCGUGGGCAGCGCGGGAAAUCAUACAAGGAAACGUGGACUUGGUGGUCGACUCUAGACUCAACGGAGAAUACAACGUUGAAGAGGCGACGAGGAUGGCAACGGUGGCGAUAUGGUGCAUACAAGACAAUGAAGAGAUAAGGCCGGCAAUGGGAACGGUGGUGAAGAUGCUUGAAGGAGUUGUGGAGGUGACGGUUCCUCCACCGCCUAAACUGAUACAAGCUCUCGUCUCCGGCGACUCAUACCAAGGAGUGGACAAUGGUUUGAGCGGCACGAGCUGUAGUGAAGGCCGUGGUUGUUCGGAUCUCGUUACCGGAUUGUCUAGCCCCGGCUCUCGCUCGUCUUUUGCUAGACCACCUUCAUCUCCCUGAUCUACCACUACCAGUCUUAAAUGUUUAGUUUUUUUUUUUUUUGGCUCUCUAAGAGGGUUUAAUUAGCUUUUAUUGUAUUUGUUGGUUACCUGAGAAUGAAGCCUUAAUUCGUCAUUUCCCUAUUAAUAAGCAAAAUAUGGGAUGAGAUUUAAUUCACUCAUUGGUCAUUACUACUAAUUGGAUUUUGAGUUAUAAUGACUCCCAUGAGGCUCCAGUCUCUCUGUUUAC